CGAUGUUCCAUAAGAUCAUGAGAUCUCAGUGAUUGCGGUUUCACGUAGUUUACCGCUUCAGCUACACCUAUUAUACCUCUUUCCUACGAUUGGCCAAAUCACACACAAAUUAGAAAUCAGUCGUCGUAAAAGUUAAUAAACAGUACCUCAUCAAAAAAGAGAAUGCAUUCAUUAUUGGCGGAGUCAAUGGUCUAACGGACUGAUCUAUCCAUUAUCCCGUGAAAUAGUGCUGAGCAGAUAAAAUUGAAUGAGACAUCGAGGCAUAAAACCGUGCUAAAUUUCGAAAUUGACUCAGAAAGAAGGGACUCUCAAGAAGUAAGAGAGAAAUCAGCUUGAGUGGCGCUAAUCAUGCUUCACGCCAAUGGACAUCCGUCGUUUCUACAAUCCUGUGUCGACCAUAGAAAUUUUCAUUUUACUCACUGUAAUAAUCCUCAUUCCACGGUAAAAUUUGCAACAUCCAACGGAGUGUACCCUGCUGUACAGAAGAUUCCACCUUUCCCUUGUUUAUCGACAAUGAAAGCGAAAAGUUACAGCACAGCAUCUGAUGACUUUUUCCGCAAAAACCGUGAUGGCCUUGGACUGUUCUUGACUAGGGAGGAAAAAGCGUUUAUGAAUAGCCAAUUCUGCCACGUUUCAUCUUCAACUGAAUGCGCAAUCGCCUUAAAGCCAAAGGAUUCCACAACUGUGACGUACCAUCACGUGGCACCUUCCAUAUGCUCCAGAAAAACUACAGCAUUAUCUCUUCCAUCUCGUACCCCUGUAACCCACGAUUGUGGCCUUGCUGGCCCCUGUUGUGGCAGUACAAGGCGAGGCCUUGUGCCUUACUGCAACGAUAAGCUUCCAUUGCCGGCCAACUGUAACCACGAAAUUACGAACCUUUGCAUGAGAGUUUCUCAGCAUUCAACAAAAGCAAUUUUAAAUGAAGGCGCCAGUCAGUACGAAGAAACAGGCAAGAGAUGUGCAGCAAAAGAUGGUUCGAUUGAGGGAUGUAUCUCACCUGUCAGGCAAACGGAUAAAAGUAUGGUCGCCGUAUAUCAGGCCUCUCCUAACGCAAUGAAAGGCUGUGGCUUACACUGCUCACAAGAGCAGACAGGGAUGAUACUUCGGGAGCAGUGUCUAUCUUCGCGACUUCCUCAAAAGUCCACACCAAUUCUUACUUCAACAUGCAACGGAGAAGAGAAAAGACCCAGAAUUUGCUCCGUCGACUUUAAUUAUUCAUUAACCGAUUCUGGAACUCAAGGAAAACAAGGAAUUGACAUGGGAAACGCUGCUUCUCUCUCUGUUAAACGAAAAUCUGUACCUGUAGCAGAUCGUGAUCAUUAUACUGAACAAAAACGCAAGAGAUAUUACUUGGGUGAUAAUGCGCUCGAAAUUAUGAAAGAUCAAGCAUCGAUCGAGGUUUCUAAUCCAACAGAUGCUUGCAAGACGCCCCUAAGCGAACCUCUUCCUGAAGACUGUUUGUAUAGCAAGGACGCAAACCUCAGGAUAAGGAGGUUCAGCGAGCUUAGCCGAUCGCUUGAAGUACUGCCGUCAACUAGUCAAGUCAAGGCCAUUACUUCCCAAACGUUAACUUUCACUAAAAACACUUUGGGUACUUUCCCUUCCAGUGCUCACGUAAACCAGUCAUAUGGAGUAAGAAAAUCGCUCGAAAUAGGCAAGUCCCUGGAUAGAACCAGUGCUAUCACUUCUGGUAAUGUAGCUCUCGACAUUACCACUUCCGGUGCUCUCACUUUUGAUACGGCUAUUACUUCUGCCAGGAACAGCAAACCCGGAAGUAACGAUACAAAAUCAACGAAUCAACCAAUGAUAAUUGACCUGACCAAUGAAACUGACAACAAGGGAACUAAUACAGUUACAAGUCGAGCAGGAGACCAAGAUUCUGACGAUGCUAAAUCCACAGAGCGCCGAAAAGACAUCGAUGAAAUUAUUAGCACGGUAAAACCCAUCCAGCGAGAUUUGUUGGAAAGUGACAAAGCAUCUUUAAAGAGCGGCGUUGCUUUCGAUCAUGACUUUAUGCCAAGGCUAAUCGGGGUGCUUCCGUCAGCUGCUGCAAAUGUUAUAUCGAGUUUAGUGACUGACAAAUAAGAGGACUUUCCGGUUCAGUUCUUAUAUCAUAUUAUUAUAUUAUUAUUAUAUUAUUGUUAUUAUUAUUAUUAUACGGGUGCAAACUGGAUCUAGGCAACGGCAAAAUUCAUAGAACUCGACCUCUUUAAAAAACAAAGUACCCCCUUCGUGUCUUUUCGUUAAGUAUGACACAAGUCCUGGUCACAGGAAAACACGAUAACAAAAAAAAGCCAACUAAACCAAUUCAAAUGGUUCCCAAUUAAGCAAUGCAACAUGGCAACAGAGUUGGAUUUUUCCUACGUACAGGAAAGCAGCAAAUUGCUGCAACCCGGAAAUAACUCAUUGAUAUAAUUAGUAGCUUUAAAAUAACUCGUAUCUUUAGAAUUCAGUUUACUCUCAGUCCCCACCAACCCCUCUCCCCUUUCAGCUUGAAGGCUGAGCGAACCUAAGUAAAUGAAAUUGAAAGAUCAAACAAGCACGUGAUAUGUACAUAUUAAGCUGAAUGAGGUCAUUUCAUUUUGUAUAAUAAACGUUACGCUAUCAAGUAAUAAAGUAGUUUUUCUUGAAUGUUUUUGCGAAAUCGCCUGUUACAAAGUUCUGUCAAGCCGAGCGCAAACUGGCCGAGUCUUCAGCGACAAAAGGGGAAAAAACAGCGAAAACAGAAGCAAUCAUAGAUAGAGUUUCAAAACGGAAUUAUUCUAACUAUCGAUAUCUAGUCACGAGUCUGAUAUUUCAGUUUCCAACAAAAAUCAGGUGGAUUUCCUUUUCUUGCCCAGCUUAUAGCUUGAAGUAUAAUAUUACGCUAAAACUCCACGUUUAAAUCAAACUAUCCGGCAUGGUUGCUUUCCAUGAUUAUUUUCACUGUCACCUUUAUAAGCGCGAAAAUUGUCAUUCGAAAAUGAAAUUUCGUCGAUUUUGGGUAAAAAUGAAAGAAAAAUCUUACAAGACAUUUAACGUCUCUCUCGAACUGUCGUAAUCAAUCCUUUUUACUUUCAUUCGUUUUAAUUGUUCACGAGGCACAUGUCAAAAGCAGCGCUUGAACUUUAAAAACAAAAGGAUGUCUUACUUCAGUUUCAUGUUCGUCAUGAUGAUAUUUAUUUAUAACUUGUAAACAUGCGGCUUCCUGCGACUUCAAAUAAAAGAUAUGUUUUUGAUCGGCAUUCGCCUUCUGGCUGUAAAGAUCGUGGUCUGACGCGAUAUUCGUGACGAACAAGCGCAUGGUAUAGUUUCUCCGACUGAUCAAUAAUUAUAGCUGGUACCAGGAUGUGAUUAUUCAAACAACAUAUUUACGUCGACUUCUGAUAGGAAACAAAAGAAUUUCACAGACUGAUUCAGUGCGAGCGGAAGACGCAGCCGGCAUAAUACUAUCAAAUUGAAUUUCCUGGAACGGCUUUUAUGUUCUUACAAAGGAGAAGGCAGUGAGCUAGAGGAGGUUUCAUAUCUAACUCCAUGAAAACAUCCAUGAGAGUGAUUGACUUUUGAAGAAAAUCAGCUACUUCAGCGUGUAAACAUGCAGCCACAGCAAAAGGAAGGGGAACAUCCAUUUCCAAGUCCUACGAGGAAAAACGAAGGGCCUCUCCUUCUGUGUGAUGUGAAAAAAGAAAACUCCCCCAAAAAGGAAACUUGUAUCAAUUCAUCCAGUUCGUUUAAUCCAUCUGUCAAAAGGUCUUUGACUGACAGCGAACAUGAUAUGGUUCCGUAUCAUCUGAAACGUUUCAAACAGACUAAGGAAGAUUCAGCAUCCUCGGAAAAUGGUGGCGGUAUUUCACUCUCAAGUAAAGCGAGUUUACAGCAGAUUGUCAGCGAGGUGGCUCGUUCGCUCCAAAGGAAUAACUCUGUACCAGCCGCGUCGUUUCGAAGAAAGAAAACGUUUGCCUGUGGAGACUCCGAUGGGACCUCGUUACAUUCCGUUGGUAUUAUGGAUUUACAGCGACAGGAAAAGGUUUUUGGUAGUUCGCCUCGACUAGCUAUGAAUGCAGUCCAGGGAAAAUUGGAUGCUUUACCCUUUUCCGCCAGUUGCCGAGGGGAGAAGAUCUCAAAACCUCAGGUUAAAGCAGCUCAUCCAGUUCUAAGAACACUAAAUUGUCGCGGCUCCAGCAUCAAUGAAGGUGUUGCGAUUGAUCAUGAUUUCUUUCCUAAACUUGUCGGUGUACACUCGAUUUCAUCAUCAUCGGCAUUUUCACCCCAAAAGGGAGCAGCUGGUCGUUUUAACCAAGAUUUUGGUUCACCGCUGCCCAAAGAACUUUCACAAAAGGCAAUUACGGGAGACUGCUUGCCUGUCGAAAAUGCAGGAAACUUUAAAAUUGGAACUCUAAAGUACGACAGCGAGACGGACAGUGACCUAGUGAGUCCUGUUUCACCCAAUAACAAUGAAUCUGAAGCAUUCCCCCUGUCACAAUCCAAUCAGAACCAAUCAUCUGAUGAAUCCCUUUCUCGUAAAGACUCCAAAUGUCAUUCGCAGGACAAGCCAAGGGCCUUACCCAUAAUUCCUCUUGUUCUUACAACAAGUAUCGCUCCGCUUGUGUCCACAAGUCCUUUCAUGGAUGCAAAUCCUCCAGGUGGACGUGAAAAGGCGAAGUGGCCUCGACAAACUUCCAAGCAAGUCGCUGAAAUAUCUACCGCCAAAAGUCUUUCAUCCUGCUCACCGGAAGAUCGCGAUGCAUCUGUGCUCGCUCACACUCGUCACCGUCCAAGAAAAAGAAAGAUGGCAAAAAAUACAGAAACGUGCUCGGCGCCUUCUCAUGUCAGCUCGACAUUUAUGUAUUCAAAUAGAAGGAACCCCCGUGAGUCUCCCAAAAAUAUCACAUCUGUUAACAAGCAGGAAUUUGUUGACAUCAAUCGAAUGGCCGCCUGUGGCCCGCCGCGUAAACGUUAUCGUCGCUCAAGCUUCCCUUCCAAGAAGCCGUACGACCUCUUGUUUAAUUUUACAAAACCAAAUGGCAAGAGCGAUUUGUUUCUCGUAGUAAAAGAUAAAGUAUUUGCGGUGGAACGUUUUGACUGCGAAGGAGAGUCAUACUUGAUUCAUACAAACCAAAAAGGGAAGACAGCCGUUCUUGCUAAACUUCCAAAAGUCGAAAGACUAAAGUUGCAAAUAAAUGACAGAAGAGGCAUCAGACCUGAGCAACAAAUGGUCAGCGGUCAACUUGGGACCCUACAGCAUCCUGCUAAGACCUCUCUUUCUGUAUCAGCACUGAAUGAUAGCUUCUAUCCCGAAGACGCAAGGGAUACAGCUUCUUCUAUUUCCAGUCAUCAGCUAGAUUCAGACACGAUUUACAGAGUUAUAAGAGAAAAAAACAUACAGGGAAGAGAACAAUCGCUGAAUAAUAAUUCCGCAGUCUUAUCUAGAGGUGCACCUGUCCGGAAUGAUGGGCGAAUGAAAAGCGAUCGCCAUCGCUCGACAAUGUCUUUGGAAAACAGAAGGCUGCUACUAAAGCAAGUGCUGUAUGGUCUAAGGAAAGAGAUAUCUAAUCCCAAGGAAACCCUGUCCGUUGGAAAGCGCAGUCUUCUGGAGUCUGCCGAGACACGAGCCAAAGAUCGAGGUAUUUAUGUUUUUAGUGACACACACUCCACACCCAGAUGUGCCUCUUCCUUGUAUAACAGAAAAAGAAACCAACAAAGUAUCGUAAAUCCAGACAACUUUGAUAGAUAUCAAGAGUCUGACGCAGUUUACCAUCGACAGCAAUACUCCAAAUCUGAAGUGGAGAGUUCAGCCAGGGAAACGCAUACAGUUGGUAUUGGACAGCAAAGUUUCUUCGAGAAUCAACCUGCGAGAGAGGCCACCUACGAGAAUUUUGCUUGUGGAAACACUAUGCCACCUUGUAAGCGUGGGACAUUGCACAGAAGGGAUUCAAUAAAUCAUAUCACACACCCAUGUGACUCAAACGAGCGUGUCUUGUCAACAUCUGGCUCUGUUAACAUCCUGAGCAGGACAAGUGCAAACGACGUGAUCAACGUCGCUAAGAUUGGCGCUUCUAGCCGCAUGUACAUGUACGAGAAGUCGCCACACAUCAGGCAAUUUCGACAGCUUAGUGAACUUUUGCUUGGGGACAGCUAUGGAAAAUGUAGCAACAAUGCAGACCCUUUGGCCGGAAAUAGAGCUGUGGAAAGUUUCAGAGUCGCACAAGCUCCACUGACCCCUUCCGAAAUAGAACCAGUUCUUUUAAGAAUUCCCAAUGGAGGUCUGAAUAACGAUCCCAAGUUUACCAAGAAGAGACCAAACCCAGACACCAUCGGUCAGCAGGGAGCUGUUUUAGCCGACACCUGUCAUUUACUCAAGCAGGACCGUGGUAGGUCGAAGGCUAUACAGCAACUCCUGAAUGGGAGAAAUGAAAUAUUUCAGCUGCAUUCAAAUCAAACCGGACAUGUUGGAAAUGCUCUUUCCACCGACUUCCUCCAAGGCAGGGAGUGUUCACGCCACAAUACCAGUACUGCGAGUGAGCAAAAUGUUUUAGGUCACAUAGCGUCAGAGGGAGCUGCUCAAAAGACCCCACCGCCACUGGAAUGGCAACCCAUGCAUGCCCUCGUCCGUUUUCAGCAAAGAUACCUUGGGGAUGCAUCACGUCGAGGUACCACAGACGUCGUUAAUUCACGCGAAGUUGUUAGGCCAUUGGACGCCGAGAGAAUUACAGCAGGCGACGAAGGCUGGGAAAGUAUGGAACUACAACGUCAAAGAGCUGCAAAGCAUAUAACAGAUAUACCAGUCAACGAAGGCCAGGGAAGGAGUGGCAACACUCAGCAGAUUGAUAGUGGAGCAGUACCCGAGAGUUCUAUGCCCUACAAUUGCUACGGUCUUCAUGAUUUGGACGAAACUGAGGAUCCCUUUGAAAAAAAUCCUAGAAAUGAUCUCACACUUCGACUGCAACAAGAAAAAGAAAGUCCACCUACUUUCAGGCAAAGAGUUGUAAAGAAAGGUGAAUGGAAGAAAAAAUGUUCAUGCAGCCCUGAGUCAAAGCCGAAGAAAAACAUGUCUAACGUUCCCGAUCCCGAUACUGCUGGUGUUAUUGUCAUUGACGAUGACUGAGAGAAUAUUGUACGAGUCAAAAACAUCUCUAAAGCGUCUAUAUUUGGAACCAAAUAGUUCAAAUGUUGAAUAUUCAUAACGUUUCAAACUUUUUAUGCUUGAAAAUAACAAAACGCGCUCGAGUAGCUUAACUUUUGAAAAAGUCUUAAACUAAGAAGAAAAUCUUUUGGAGCUGCGAUGUCAUGUUUUAAUUGAGUUCUGACAUUUUAAAGGAACUUUAUUUAUGAUUUAACAAAUCACAAAGAAGGAUAGGUUAAUAUUGGUCCUGUUUUAUUUUUUAUUAUUUUUCAAAGAAAAUGAGAAAAGUAGUAUUUCCUGAAGAAAAUAAACUAAUUUGGUAACUCUUAA